GCACCGCCCAGCGGCAGCGGGGCAGCAUCACCGCUGGCCGCGGCCUCGGUCGUCGCUGCACGGCUCGCCGAGUUGCGUGCUCGGCGCGAGGCGCGGGGCAUCUACCCCGCACCCCACAUCGGGAUUGCGAUUGGCCAGCGCGUACUGGCUGGGUGCUGGAUGUAGCCGGCGACCACCGACCGCAUAGGACGACGACGGCGGCCAGCUCGCGCACCGCACGCACGCACACACACAGUGCACGCCCACGGACCCGGUCACGACAUACCACGACGACGACGAGCGAGAUCAGCAGCAAUGCCCAUCAAUCAUGCCAGCAGCGGUGGAACGAGAACUGGCAAGACAGCGGUAGGAUGUACGACGCAACACCGACCAGCCAGGGAUAUAUUCCGAAGGCUUCCGUAUCGCCCUGGAGACGACUUCGGGACGCACACCGGAGGCCGGAGGAGUCGGCCGGGGGAGAGGAGGUGUGAUGGACUCGACAGUGAGCAGCAUCACGUCGUCGCGUCGCGGUCAUGCUUGCGUUGUUGUGCAGCACGCGUCGUGGCAAGACUCGUCGCUGUGGUCACUGUCCGCGGCAAUGCCCCUCUUGGCGAGUGUGCCGAUUCGAAUGGCGCAAUCGGUUCAGGCAUGCCGAAUCUGUCACUGCAGCCGGCCUGGGAUCUCUGCAGCAGCUCUGACAAGGCAAGGCUGCUGCUAGGUCCAUGCAUGCUGCCCUGGGUCACUGCCGACCUCUGGCGACACAGCCGGACCAGCCGCCCCGCCCGCCCAGCGCGCAAAGUGGCCGCGCGCCAAAAGUCGACCAAGAGCAAAGAGUGAUCACGCCAUCUUCGAGCGAGGCAAGGCAGCUCGACGCUGCCCUCCUCGUCCUCGUUGCGUGAUACGUACGCCGAUUGUCACUUGCUUGGCGGAACGGCUCGUCUUCGCCCCCGCUGGCCCUGCUGUCCCCGGCUAUAUCAGUGGCCAUGCAUCGAUCCUGACCUUGCUUGUUCCCCAUCACACCUAAAACCUCACUACAAUGUCGCAGAGCACAAACUUCGAGACUCUCCAGCUCCACGCCGGCCAGGAUGUCGACCCGACUACCAAGUCGCGCGCCGUCCCCAUCUACGCUACCUCGUCGUACGUGUUCGAUGACUCGGCCCACGGCGCCCGCCUCUUCGCCCUCAAGGAGUUUGGCAACAUUUACUCGCGCAUCAUGAACCCCACCGUCGACGUCUUUGAGAAGCGUAUCGCCGCCCUCGAGGGUGGUGUCGCUGCCCUCGCCACCUCGUCGGGCCAGGCUGCCCAGUUCAUCGCGCUCACUGCGCUCGCCCACGCCGGCGACAACAUUGUCGCCACGACCAACCUCUACGGCGGCACCUACAACCAGCUCAAGGUGCUCCUCCCCCGCCUCGGCAUCACCACCAAGUUUGUCAAGGGCGACGACCCUGCCGAGCUCGCCGCGGCCAUCGACGACAAGACCAAGGCCGUGUACAUCGAGUCGAUCGGCAACCCGCGCUUCAACGUGCCCGACCUCGAGGCGAUCGCCAAGGUCGCGCACGACAAGGGCGUGCCCCUCGUCGUUGACAACACCUUCGGUGCCGGCGGCUACUUUGUCCGUCCCAUCGAGCACGGCGCCGACAUUGUCGUCCACUCGGCCACCAAGUGGAUCGGCGGCCACGGCACCACCAUUGGCGGCGUGAUUGUCGACUCGGGCAAGUUUGACUGGGGAGCCAACGGCGCCCGCUUCCCCCAGUUCAUUGAGCCCUCCGAGGGCUACCACGGCCUCAAGUUCUGGGAAACGUUCGGCCCCAUCUCGUUCAUCAUCCGCGCUCGUGUCGAGAUCCUCCGCGACCUCGGUGCCGCGCUCAACCCCUUCGCUGCGCACGAGCUUAUUCUUGGUACCGAGACCCUCUCGCUCCGUGCCGAGCGCCACGCGCAGAACACGCAGAAGCUCGCCGAGUGGCUCGAGGCCAACCCCGCCGUCGCGUGGGUGUCGUACCCCGGUCUGCCCUCGCACCCCUCGCACGAGGUCGCCAAGAAGUACCUCAAGCGCGGCUUUGGCGGAGUGCUCUCGUUCGGUGUCAAGGGCGACUCCGAGUCGGGCUCCAAGGUCGUCGACAGCUUCAAGCUCAUCUCCAACCUCGCCAACGUCGGUGACUCCAAGUCGCUCGCCAUCCACCCCUGGACCACCACCCACGAGCAGCUCUCGGACGAGGAGAAGGCCGCGUCGGGCGUCACUGCCGACCUGAUCCGUGUCUCGGUCGGCACUGAGCACAUUGACGACAUCAUUGCCGACUUUGUCCAGGCGUUCGAGGCCGCUGGCCUCAAGGCGUAAGUUGAUAGAAGAGUUUUAGAAGGGAAUUAUUAGGGCCCAGUGGUACACUUGUCCCGUGAUGUGUUCUACGACUACUGGAUGUAUUGAUUGUAACGAGCA